UCGAUGCGGUGUCUAGCUCACGCAGGAAUGGUUCCACAAUUACACAUACGAACACUAUCGAAACAAGUAUCAUAUCUGAGCCUGGUGAUUGUGGUUCACCUGUGUUCGUAUUUAAUCUUGAUACGCUUCCCACUGUUUUUCUUAUCGGUAUACUUGUAUCUGGGUAUGGUAAUGAAAGUUCCACAGUUUUACCUAUGAAAAAGCUUUUACAAGAAAAUCAAGAACUUCUUACAAUCUUGAAUGUCAACGAAGUGCUCUUUUGA